UCUUGUUAUGAACGAAAAGACAGCUCCAACUCACACGUGGUUUCUUUUUAUGCGUACAGCGUUUUUGUUGAACCGCGUGCGUUUUUGAUUUGGAUCAUACAUUUGUAUUAAAAAUAAAAAGUACAGACAUUUAACAUGGGCAAACCAGGUUUCAGUCCUCGUGGUGGUGGCGGCGGCGGCGGUGGAGGUGGUGGUAGAGGAGGCGGUGGCGGUGGAUUCCGUGGCGGUGCCGGACGUGGUGGUGGUGGCGGUCGCGGAGGCGGCGGCGGAUUUGGUGGCCGUGGUGGAGGAGGCGGUGGAUUUGGUAGUCGCGGAGGCGGCGGCGGUGGCUUUGGAGGUCGCGGAGGCGGAGGAGGUGGGCGUGGCGGCGACAGAGGCCGUGGUCGCGGCGGUGGCCGUGGAGGUGGUGGUCGUGGUGGCGGUGGACGCGGCGGCGGCGCUGGCGGCUUCAAGGGCGGCAAGACAGUCACCAUUGAGCCACAUCGUCACGAGGGCGUUUUCAUUGCCCGUGGCAAGGAGGAUGCUCUGGUCACACGCAACUUUGUGCCCGGCUCGGAAGUCUACGGCGAGAAGCGUAUUUCCGUAGAGACUGGCGGCGAGAAGAUCGAAUACCGUGUGUGGAAUCCCUUCCGCUCCAAGCUGGCCGCUGCUAUUCUCGGCGGCGUUGAGAAGAUACACAUGCCACCUGGUUCCAAGGUGUUGUAUUUGGGUGGCGCCUCCGGCACAACCGUGUCCCACGUCUCUGAUGUUGUCGGUCCCGAGGGUCUGGUCUACGCCGUUGAGUUCUCACAUCGUUCGGGCCGUGAUCUGAUAAAUGUGGCCAAAAAGCGCACCAACAUUAUACCCAUUAUUGAAGACGCACGUCAUCCUCACAAGUAUCGCAUGCUGGUUGGCAUGGUGGACACCAUUUUCGCGGAUGUGGCACAACCGGAUCAGGGUCGUAUUGUGGCAUUGAAUGCCCAGCAUUUCCUUAAGAAUGGCGGUCACUUUGUCAUCUCUAUCAAGGCCUCUUGCAUUGACUCCACGGCGCAACCGGAGGCGGUCUUUGCCGCCGAGGUGAAGAAGAUGCAGGCGGACAAACUGAAACCACAGGAACAGCUCACGUUGGAGCCAUACGAACGUGAUCAUGCCGUCGUCGUGGGCGUAUACCGACCACCCCCAAAGCAGUGAAAGUCUGAUGAGGCGAGGCGUGUGAGAUGUGUGGAUAGGUCUUAAGCUAUAUACAUAAUACUUCUAUUAAUACAGUCGUAUUGUAUUAAGUUUUCUUUUUAAAUAUAUAAAUCAAACAAACCAUAGUUGUAAAGAACUUAACAAAAUGCAAACUAUUUUUUGUAAGAGACGUACAAAAUAUAUAACAAAACAAACAAA